UGCGGAGCCAGCCUGCUCGGUACCGGCCUAACGGGACGGCGGCGCUCGGGCUCCGCUUUAACGAACAGAUGCGCCGGCCCGGAGUAGGCGGCGCCGCUUUAGGGGAGUCGGAGUUGAUCGGGCGGAGCCGCUGGCGCAUGCGCGGAGCUGCCAAUGGAAUAGAUACAUUGUAACCGUGUAAGUUUCAGCAAUAUCAUUGUGGAGUUUUCUUUCAAAUGAGUUCCUGAAAAAAGCCAACGAUGGACUGCACCCAGGAAAUGUCUUUCGGGCCGGAGCCCCUGGAUACGGAGCAAGAGCUGGGCUGUUGCUGUUCCUGCUGUGAGGAGUUCUCUGGGGAAUCCCAGCUCCGAGGGAGAGCCAAGUCCAGGAGUCUGUCUUCAUCCCCGGCCCUGGUCGGCAGUGGGAAGGUGUACAGGAGGACGCGAUCUCUCCAUGGACCGAGUCCCGCAACAAAAUUCGGACCAAAAGCCUGUGUGCUGCAGAAUCCGAAGGCUGUCAUGCACAUUCAGGAUCCAGCCAGUCAACGGCUAACCUGGAGUAAGCCUCCGACAAAUAUCCUCGUCAUUAAAAAGAUCCAAGAUGAACGUCUCCUUCAACCAUUUAAGGAUCUUUGCAUCUUCCUCAUGGAGGAGAAAGAUAUGAUUGUUUACGUAGAGAAAAAAGUACUUGAAGACCCCACCAUUGCAAAUGAUGAGAGCUUUGGACCACUAAAGAAACUGUGCACUUUUAGAGAAGGCUAUGACGAUUUAUCUGAUCGGAUAGACUUUAUAAUUUGCCUGGGAGGAGAUGGCACCUUGCUUUAUGCAUCAUCCUUAUUCCAGGGUAGUGUACCACCAGUGAUGGCAUUUCACCUCGGAUCUCUGGGCUUCCUGACACCGUUUAACUUUGACACCUAUCAGUCACAAGUCACACAAGUAAUCGAAGGGAAUGUUUCCAUUAUCCUACGGAGCCGACUCAAAGUCAAAGUGAUGAAAGAAAACUGGGAAAAGCGAGGUUGUCCAGAGCAUGCUGUGGAGGAGAAUGGACUGAUCGUGACCAAGCACGGAGAGAAUGAGUUAGGAAAGCGAGCAGUGCAGUACCAGGUCCUGAAUGAGGUUGUGAUUGACCGUGGCCCUUCGUCCUAUCUCUCCAACGUUGAUUUGUUUCUGAACGGCCGCCUAAUAACAUCUGUCCAAGGAGAUGGGGUGAUUGUUUCCACGCCGACUGGGAGCACAGCUUAUGCUGCAGCUGCAGGAGCCUCCAUGAUUCACCCCAACGUUCCUGCCAUAAUGAUCACCCCCAUCUGUCCACAUUCCUUAUCCUUCCGACCAAUUGUCGUACCAGCAGGAGUGGACCUCCAGAUUAUGCUGUCACCUGACGCGAGGAACACUGCGUGGAUUUCAUUUGAUGGACGGCAGCGACAAGAGAUUUGCCAUGGCGAUAGCAUCACCAUCACUACCUCCUGCUACCCAGUCCCAUCGAUAUGCUUCAGGGACCCGGUGAAUGACUGGUUCGAUAGUUUGGCCGAGUGUUUACACUGGAACGUGAGAAAGAAGCAAAGUCACCUCACGGAUGUGGAGGACUACUGAGAGCGUUUCAGGCACAGCAUGCCUAUAACAUCCCUGUUCACUGGAGUUCCUUUAAACCUGCAACAUUGCGAAGAGCAUUCCUACAUAUCACAACAAUCUGUUUUGUGUGUGCUUCUUAAACAGUCCAGCAGGAUGGUCUCCCUCUCCAGCCAUUUGGUGAAGAGUGAGAUGUUAAUACCUGCUGCAGAUUGGGUGAAAACAGUCACACGUGUGAAAGUACUAAGUACAGACAAGGCAGUUCCAGUGGAAGCAUUUUGAUAAUGUCUGCAGCAUUUGAUGCUCUGGCAUCUUAAGAAUGUCACCCAACUCCUCAUAAAAAUGCUGCAAAUCAAAAGGCUUGAGAGAAAUAUUGAGGAAGGAUUCCAAGUUAGCUUUCUUCAGUUGUUCUGAAGGAGCGUGUGUCUGAAAUGCACUAAAAAAAUGGAUCAGUUCCUGAAAGCUGUGGUCGUGGCGCUCAGUAACAAUGACCCCCUUCUCUUCCAGACCAACCGAUCCUGGGACAACCCCAUCAAAUACUCUGUACAAACUCCAUCUCUCUCCUCUCACUGUCUCUAUUUUCACGUUCUAUUUUGUUGCGACUGUGCUUUUUUGUUACAAUUUAAAGUGAUGUUUUUGUAAAGCCAGAACAAUAGGGCCUAUGAGCUGCCAGGCUCUGUCGUGUGUGUGUGUGUGUGUGUGUGUGUGUGAGAGAGAGAGAGAGAGAGAGAGAGACAGACAAAGGGACUUUUGCUGAGUCAGCAUCUGUUUUGAGUUUUUACCUCAUUCUUGAUUUUGUCAAACUCUGACACGGCUGCCCAGCAAGUUCAUCGUCACUUUGUUCUUUUGACGAGAAGAUCAGAAGUGCUGAAAUGCAGAGUAUGGGGUCUUGAGGGGAGGGGAGGGAGGGGCUCAGUUGGCUGAAUGGUUGGUCUGUAAAACACAGUGAUCCAACAGUGUGGGUUCAGUUCCCGCACUGGCUGAGGUUAUCGUGAAGGAUUCCCCUUUCUCACCCUCUCCACUCACCUGAGGCAUGGUGACCCGCAGGUUAAACCCACCACCAGUCCCCCCUCUGUCAUGAGAGAGCAGCCUAUGAUUGUCUGGGACUACGGUGACUUUAUUCAUUGAGAAUCGAAGAAUAUUGUGUGAAUAUUUGCUUUAUUAAAAUAAACCUAAAUCUUGUAAAGCUUUGGUAAAAACUAAAGGAAAGCCAAUCAUGUGAGGGUUAAAGGAUAAUUUAUUUCCUCUCCAUUUUGCUUCUGCUGCUUUGAGUAUUUAUUGUUGACAAUCUCUAACGUUGCUGCUCCCCAGUAACCUGGUUGUUUGUCCCCAUCGUAUAGCUGCUGUUGAGGUCUGAUGACGUUGUAAGCUGGUCUCAUGUCAAUUGUCAGGUCCACCUGAGGCCAAGGAUCAAAUUUUUUACCCAUCCUUUCUGGGCAAUUUUAAACUAUUGUGAUUUAUUCAGUGGGAUGUAUUCCCUGCUGUAAAUCCCUUGUGUGUCACUUAAAGAAGAACAAUGAGCAAACAUUUGCAGCUCUGAGCACAGUGAUAACAAGAAGCGAGUCAGUGUAGGACAAACUGAGCCAUCAGCCCAUCUCGCUGCUGGGACGGUGUGUAGUGUGUUGCUCUCCCACGGGCAGAAAAGCUGCAUGACCUAUUGGCUGAUGUAUCCAAAUUGGAGCUAUGUCCCAAGAACUGUCUGUCACAGAAAUUCACUAAACAAUUAGUGUGCUGCAUUUUGCAGUCUGUCACAGUCAUUGCUAACGACUCGAGUCUAUAUCGGGCCAUUGUUAAAAGGAGGCUGAAGUUUCCGUCCCAGCAGCUGCUCAGUGGGAGUUACACUUCCCGGGCUGCCUUCCCUUCUGACCUCUGUGAGGCUCAAACACCUAGGUGCCAUUGUUAAGGCUUCUUCUUCCAGUUAAUAUCCAAAUGUACAAAACCUGAUGGAAUUGGGUGACAAGUGAGAACUUUCAAAACUUUUGGAUUUGAACAUACUGCCACACUGUUUGGAAGGGGACACACUAAAAGUCUGAAACUAAUCUAAAUGGAUUCAGCCUCAAUGGGUAGAAUUGACGGGGCUGUUCUCAGUAAAAACACACACAACUGCUUGAUCAUUACUGAUCCUGGGCUGGGAUCGAAUGCUGCUUCAGAUCAUCACAAUAACAUCAAUGUGGAGGAAUUAAAGUUUUCAUUCUGAAUCAGACUGGUUCACCUUUCAGUUGGGAUUUCUGAAAACCCAAACUGUGCAAAUCUGUAACACAUGAUGAUUACAUGUCACUGUGUCAGGGUCUGCAGGAUACAUUGGAAUAUUGUUAUAUCAAGCAGUUUAAUUAACACGAAAUAUUGUUUAUUUGCACACACACAGCAGUUUUACUGUGCACUCAGUGGGAUGGUUUAGCUGGUACAGAAGGUUUCAAAUUGAAUUUAUAUUUCUCCAAUACAUUCUGACCCCUAACAGUUCAGGAAAUGGCCUGCAUUGAACUUAGAAAAGUAAACUCAACUUGUUUUGAUAAAUAAAUGUCAUAAAUGCAUUUUAGUUCGUGUUGCUGUUGCAGCAAAGCUCAUAUUAUUUUGCUGUUUAAUCAGAAAGUGAACCAGAUAAGGCAGACCAUAAAUAGGCAUGUAAAUGUAAUUUAUUAACAUAUCAGGUAUUACAGCAUCCCCUGUUAUCAUAGAAUCUCACACUGAGUACUAGCACCAGUCUCAUAAACAGGAAGGUCUGCAUCUGUACAGAACUUUUCACAACUUCAGGGUAUUCCAAAGGGGCUUUACACCCAGUGAAAUACUUUUGGAGUCACUGCUGUAAUUUACAAUUUUUUUUAAUGUGGGUGGAUAGCGAGCAACAUUAUUCCACCAUUUGCAUGCACCUUCCAGUGAGAUUCACUGGAUAACUGUUGGGAACUGGAAUUUCGAUUCUUACAUUUUCUUUCAACCUCUUGAUUUAGACACAGAGCAAUCUUUGCACCUGAUUCUAGUUCCACUGAGCAAGAUCAGUUCGGUGUGAUUAGCAAUGAGUUGGGCUAACUUCCUCUCGGUUUGCAUGGGAAAUGUAUUUCCAACAAACUCUCACUGAGCCGAGCACUAGUUUCACACGCGUGAUGUUUCUUAAAUGAACAUCAGAGUCAGUCGAGGAAUAUUUUAUACCUCUGCCUUUUUUUAAUGAGUUCACAAUUUCAACAACAGUCUUGCUUUUUUCCCCUCUGGUAUGAGCCAGGCCACUUCAGGAAAAUAUCUGACAAAUAUCCCACUUUUGAAAAAAACUGUUUUUAUUUCUCAAACAUCCAGUCACAUUGAGGUUUGAAUCUCUCCCAUUGAUCGAUCAAGCUAAGAGAAUACUGGAAAUGCCCAUCUUUCAAAUGAGAAUGAUUGGUUUAAUUCCAACUGUUCAGCUAAAUUACAUAAUUCUAAUGCAGGGUCAAAUCCAUGUCAUUAAACAUUGUGUUUCUUUCAGAUAAUUAUCGCUAGCUAAGUAUCACCAGCAUUUUUAUAGUUUUUAAGUUUCAUUUCACUCUCUCUCUCCCGUAAUUGAUGAACCCAGCGAUAACUGUUUACACAAAGUGGUUUCCUACUCCCUGGACGGUACAGCAGGAACUGCACAGAAGGGGUUUCUUUUCCAGUUAUCAUUCAUUCAUGGGAUGUGGGUGUCGCUGGCUGGACCACCAUUGUCCAUCCAUAAGCCCCCCCAGGAGAAGGAGCUGAUGAACUGCUCUUUGAUCUACUGCUGUCCACGUAGUAUAGGGACACCCACAGUGCCCUUAGGGAGGGAGUUCCAGGAUUUUGACCCAAUGACACUGAAGGAACGGCAAUAUAUUUUCAAUUUAGGAUAGAGAGUGGCUUGGAGGGGAACUUGCAAAGGAUAGUGUUCCCAUGUAUCUGCUGCUCUUGUCCUUCCAGAUGGGAGAGGUCACGUGUUUGGAAGGUGCUGUCUGAGGAGCGGUUGCAGUGCACGCAGUAACAGGCAAACUGGGUAGUUUAUAAAGUUGUACAAUUUAACUCAUUCAACUAAACUUGUCUAUCAGCAUGUGUGCAAUUAGUUCACUUUACACAAAAAUAUUUGAUGGAAAUGAGUUCCAGCUGUAAGUUGAAGUUGAUUUGGAAUCAGUUUGAAGGUGGACCCAUAAAAUGUUGCAAACUCUGGUUUGCAGUGAGCCAUCCUGGCCAGACACUGUUGUUGCAAUCCAACUUCUCAUCUUUGGUGAGGAUCAUGAGGAAAAUAAAGCAAGACCAGCAUUUAUCUUGUUGGUUGUUGGAGGUUGUCGUGAAUUUCUAUUUAUUUUGAUUCUGAUCCCGGAAUCAUUUCGAAAGGGAUGUGUUUAGUGCUGAAUCUAUACGGUGGUAGGUUUAGUGCUGAAUCUGUACCGUGGUAGGUUUUGCACCAAGGUCUUGACAAUAAUGGAUCAAAAGUGUGUUCUUUGUUUAUGCACCACCCUAAUCUGAACGUUCGACCCUCCCAACUCGAAAGCCAGAAUCUGUCUUAUUCCUACAAUGUUGAAUGCACUUUCCUCCUGUUUUAAGCCAUGAAAACAGAGUUGUAUGUGUGUGUUUCUUAGUGUGUACGUGCUAGUAAUCCAUCCUGUUUUGGCAAGGUUGGAAUGUACCUUCACUCUUGCACUUUCAUGGUUUUGCUUGUGGGAUUACAUUUGAAUGUGACUUGCAGUGCAUCUUGACUCCUUUACAUAAAAAAAACUUCCAAAGGUUUGCUGGUUGAAUCUUCUUUGAUCAUGUACUAUUGGGUAAUAAUUUAUUGUAAAGGUCUAUAUGUUAUUAAUUAAACUUCUUGGCUGCCUUGAUUGGAAUGCUGACGUUAAUGUUUUUUGAACCUGUAGUAUUUCCUGGGAAACUGUGUGAAAACCAGCUUUUCCUCUGUAGAUUUUAUUCCUCCAUUGUUGAACUAAUCAGUAAAACAGAACUAAAUCUCCAAGCAAAUUAUGAUUCUUUUUACAAAGAAAGUGUUUUCUAAACUCUAAUAAAUCUACACAACAUUUUGUUAAAUUCGUAACCAAUACCACUUAUCUUCUCUACAUAAUGUACGGAAUGCAGUGGACAGUUUCACUUGUAAUAGUGAGCUUAGAUAAACCUCUCUCAGUACUUCCGAAAAUGUAAUAGCAGUCCUAGCAGACUUGGAAAUGUGUUUAAAAUUGUGUAAAAGCUACACACAUUAAACCGACUGCCUCUUAUAAAUUUAUCAUUAACUGUGCAAUUUUAUUACACUUAGAAUUUCUACUUAAAUGUAAAUAUAUCAUUAGAUUUUGAUUGUAAUUUAAAUAUCUUUAAAUCUUCAAUUGUUCUUGGACUUUAUUCAUUUGAUUUGAGUUUAGCGAAUUGUAACAUUUAUAGCAAUUCAACUUCUUUUUAACAACCAAUUUGAAGAAUCCCAGUGCUUCUAAAGUUUCCUUUCUCUGUUUUUACUGUACUCUAUGUUUGGGUUUUUAUUUAAAUCUGAAAAACAGUUGCGUCGAACGUACUGAAAAGGUUCAGACCCUGAACCGUGAAUUACCAGCAAAUUGAAUAGUUUCUGCAUUGUAACUGGGAUCAUAAUGUUUUCUGUUUAUACAACUUGAUAUUUGUUGAACGUUAGUAAAAUUGUUAUAUGUAGGA